AUUUUAUGUUAGCGAUGAUCUUAAUCCAAUAAAAGGCUAUGAUCGAAGAAUCAGUCUCUGCAACUCAAUAGAAGACUUCAAGUCUCAAAGAACCCAGCUUUGUGUCUACGACAUAGCGUGUUUUCUGAACCACAUAUCACCCCCUCCGGAGGUGACCAUGGACAAUAACGCGGAAGAAGAAGGAGUCAACCAAAGUUCUCUCCGGUUGUUGAUCUUAGCACCGGCGUCGGAUCCGACAUCGAGGCCUCCAUUUUCGAGUCUUUUGCACGCAAUCACGGGCGUGAAACCCUCGGACGAGGUGACUUCAUUUUCAGGCUACACCACUCACCCUCCACUCAGCCUGAGGACGAAAUACUACAGUACGGACAUCAAUAUAUGGUGCGAUGAAUUGCCUGUAGAUACGAACUCCUCACGAGAUACUUCCCAAAGUCAGGUUUUGUCGUCAGAGACUCGUGAUACUCCAGUCGUCCCUUCGAAUGGAACGAAGAGUGAAUCAGAAAAAGGGUCGUCCAGCGACAAACCUCCUGCUGCUGAUUUUGACCUCGGAGCCGAUUCUGCCGCCGCCGCCGCCACCACCACCACCACCGCAACGACAACACUUCAAGAAUGGACGAAACAAAUGUUGUCACCUGCCGCUUCCGAAGUCAGAGCCGUGAUAGGCGGUAUCAUUCUCAUCCUACCCGCGCCGUCGCCGUCGACUUCCUCGCCCCUGGUCCCACAGUCACAUAUCCAACUCAUCGAAUCCAUUCACUCGGUCCGUGAGGCGAUUGAAGACGAAAGCUACCACGGCGAACUCGCUUCCGUCGUGGUGGUUCAACCUUCGAGUUCGGACACGGCGAGUCCCUCGAAGCUCGCCGAGACCUGCGACCACCUUGAAGAAGUGUGUCUGUCCGAAAAGGGUAUCCUAGGUUGGGACUUUGUUUCGUGGAACGGCCAAGUGCCUUCCUCGACCGAGAAUGAGGGCGGUGCCGGUUCCAGUUCCGAACGGAACGAGUACGGGGAAAGGACAGGGAUCCAUAGGGCCAUCGAGGUCCUAGAGGGAGUCGACUGGUCUGCUUCACCUUUCUACAACCACGACGACGACGACGACGGAUUCGACAUUGACGGAGACGACGAGUUUGACGAUUUUGGUAACCUCGACGGUGACAAAACAAAAGGUGGCGUCUCCAUGGCCAGCGUCUUGCGAAACGCUAGGAGGUCCGGGCUUGACUAUGAACUACAGCGUGAGAUGAUGGAGUUGAAGAUUGCUCUUGAUGAUGACGACGACGACGAUGAUGAUGAAGACGAAGGAAAAGAUGGUGAUGCAGAAGAAGACGAUCAUCGUCCCCAAGAGAAGAACAAUAGUGGUGGUCAGAGCAACACAAGCGCUGGAGAUGAUGACGAUGACGAUGAUGAUGAAAACAUUCAAGUCGAACAACUUCAAGGCUUGAUGGAUCGUGUCGUUGCUAUUCGCGAUGCUGGGUCCGAAUUGCCACCGGCGGAGAGGGGAAGAUUCGCAAAACGAGAAAUCAAUAAGAUCAUGCGAGAACUGGGUUCGAGUACGUGAGGUGGUAGAUAAGGUUGUUAAAUUAUUGGAUUACUGGGUAUCAAU